AUGGCUUGUAAGAUUGACGUCACGAAAGCUUUUGACACUCUCCGCUGGGAUUUUCUCUUGGAUGUCUUGAAAGUUGGAGGCUAUGACAGUAAGUUCAUUCGCUGGAUUGAAGUUAUUUUGCACUCUGCUAAGCUGUCGAUCCUCUACAAUGGGCAACUUUGUGGUUAUUUUGGCUGCUCCAGAGGGGUGAGACAAGGGGACCCUCUCUCUCCCAUUUUAUUUGGUAUUGCAGAAGAUGUUCUUAGCGCGUUGUUUCACAACUGCGUUACUUCCGGGCAUUUUCAUCCUAUGAAGUUCAGUCGGAGGCAGAAUUUCCCUACACAUCUAUUCUACACGGACGACAUUUUGGUCUUCUAUAAGGCUACUACUCAUAAUGCUAAAACUUUAAAAACAAUCUUGAAUUACUAUGGAUCUAUAUCGGGGCAGCAGGUGUCUACUUCUAAGUCGCAUGUGUUUUACACGGAUAAGUUGGUAGCAUGCCUUUCACCUAUUUGGGAGUUCCUAUUUUUAUUGGCAGAGUUAGAGCUUCUUAUUUGCGAGCUAUUCAUGAUCGUAUUGUCUCCAAGUUCUCUAGAUGGAAAGGUGACACGAGAAAGCGUGGCAGUUGUACGGUUAGCUGGGAUAGAGUUUGCUCUCUUAAAGAGGAAGGAGUUUGGUUUUACUUUGCUUAAGGAGCGGUACUUGAAUGAUUUCUGUCAAGCUCGUACUAACGUAAGCUCUACUGUUUGGCUCGGAAUUCAGCCUGAGGUCUCAGAUCUGGUUCAUGACUCUUAUAGCUACAUUGGCAACGGAGAGAACACGAAUUUUUGGAGAGAUGAUUGGCUUGGUUAUAGAAUUGCAGAAAAGUGCGGCAUUCCUUACUUUCUUUGCGAGUCGCUUACUUAUUCGAUGGUCGAUUAUUUCUAUGAAGGGAUUUGGCAUUUUACUCAAAGCUUUAUCAACAAGUUUCCGGACAUCAUUUGUGAUAUUCUCCUUCUUCCUAUUGGAUCGGAUUCUGACACUAGAUUCUGGAAAAAUUCCGUCCAUGGGAAAGUUACUUCUGCGCUUGCUCAUGCUCAUAACUGCCAUCGUUUUCCGCAAAUUGGUUUCAAAGAGAUGGAAUUUUUCGAGAAGAUCGGCUACAUGAAGAACACUUGGUCUGAUUAUCUCAUCCUUCAUAGAAUUGGCGUUAAGACUAGAGCGACUGCUCCUCCGACUUUCAUUUCUGUUCACUGGUGGCCGCCGGCUUCACCCUGGAUUAAAGUUAAUACGGACGGUUCGGCAAUGGGAGCUCCGGGAAAUAUCACUGCUGGUGGGGUCUUUCGAGAUCAUUUCACUUGGGUCAGAGGCUGUUUUCAUUACCGGGCGGGGAUUGGAUAUGCUUUUGAGGCGGAACUUUUUGCCGUCAUUAUUGCAAUUCAAAUUGCUCAUAGCAGGGGUUGGCACCAUUUAUGGAUUGAAGCUGAUUCUGCUUAUGUGAUUCACGUUACGCAUAUCUAUCGGGAAGGCAACAAACCAACAGACAUUAUGGCCAAUCAAAACAUGAUGGAGGGGUGGUGGCCGCACGAGGAGUUAUACUUGCUUGUUGGCUGCCUGGACUUUUUCACAAACACUUGGUAUGCGUUCUGGGUGUUUGAUAGAAGAUGGAGGUUCUGUGCGGGUAUGAGUUGGUUUGACAGGAGCGGGGGUUUAGGGACUAAUCUCUUAGCCUUUUUUCAGUUUCCGGGUGCGCUCGGAGCUGGGGCUAUGAGCUUUGGUUCGUUUUGGAAGCUCCGCGAUGUUGCUAGCAGAUGCGUCGGUGUUGAGUUUUUGGUCCUGUUGUUCGGGUCGUUGAUGAACGGGAGCCAGGGACCAAGAUCAGGGCCUUUUCUCAGCUUCCGGGUGAGCUCGGAACUGGGGCUGUGA